AUGAUAGACACACCAACCCCUCGAGUCUCCGUAGCCAUCAUCGGCGCAGGCAUAGGAGGUCUAACCCUAGGCGCAUUUCUACACAGACUCGGAAUCCCCUUCGUCAUCCUCGAACGCACCGCCGUCCUAACCCCACAAGGCGCCGGGAUCUCGCUGGCCCCAAACUGUCUCGCCGCGCUCAACCAACUCGGUCUCUACGACCAGAUCAAGCAGAACGCACAGGAACUUCUCGGGGUCCGCGUCUACCGCGAGAAAAACUGCUGGGGUACUAUUGACUUUGGACUCGCUAAGCGGUGGUUCGGGUACAAUGUGCUGUCGAUUGAGCGGCACGAAUUCCAUGGGUAUCUGUAUGAGGCAGCGGGGGGCGAAGAGGUGGUGAAACUAGGCUGGAACGUCGCCGACAUUCAGAAUAUCGAAGGACAUGAUGGCCCGCUCCGAGUCAUUAGCGACGACGGACGAGAGGUGCAUGCUGAUAUCGUCGUUGGGGCGGAUGGGAUCCGCAGUGUGACGAGGCGGAUUCUAUCUCGAUCAAUUGGUCUGCAGCCAGAAAAUACAAUCCGGUUCACCGGCCGCGUGCACAUGUCUGGCUAUACUCAGCCCCUAUCGCAUCUCUCCACAGACGAUCUGGGCAUCGCGCACUGGAUGCUGUACAACGACUGCAUUCUCACCACCUGGCCAUGCAAGGAGAACCGCCAGUGGUUCAUCGGGGUCAAGGCCGUUGCGCGCGACGCAAAGAACCCCGACCGGUCUAUAUGGAAGGGCGCAACGCCUGAGACAGUCAAUGGGGUGUAUGGGAGGAAGUUCCACCCAUUCGGGAAGGACAGCAGCGUGGAAGCCAUUGUGAAUUCAUCCGAGCGCGUGGUCGCAAGUAACGUCUUCGAGGAGGCUGAUUUCCCACACAUGGUCCGUGGCCGCGUUGCUCUUCUUGGUGAUGCUGCUCACUCCAUGACUUCAUUCUUCGGCCAGGGCGCCUGCCAGGCAAUUGAAGACGCCACAGUCCUCGCAGACUCCAUCUCGCUAUAUCUCGCGGGCGACAAGACUGCAUUAGAUAGUUACGCCCGCGUGCGUGAGAAGCGCGCGCAAGAUGUCGCUUCGUUUUCAGCGCGGUAUGCCCGCCUGCAUACAGCUUCUUGGCCGGGUCCUGUUGCUGGGAAGGUGCUAAGGGCGAUUGUAUAUCGCAUGCUGCCGAGCGCGGCCUGGAUGUGGUAUUUGACUUGGUUGUAUGGAUUUCAGCCUGUUUCGAGGAGGUUGGAUGCUAUGCUCAAGGAGCAGUAG